GGGAGGCAGCAUUUGACUUGGCUUGGAGUUUGCCCCAGAAGAGUAACUUUUUUGAAUGCAGAGAGGUGGGGUUGCAGGGAACCUGUCAUUAAGGGUUCUUAUGGGUGGGACCCGGAGCCAGGAAUGAAGAGGGAGUGGUCCGCGGGUGGGAUCUGUUGAUCAGACAAAAUGUAGGGGCCCGGUCCCUUGAAGUUCAGCCAGUCUCUUCCUGAGUGAGGAGCAGGGCACGCGGAGUACUCUCCCAGGGGCACGUAGGGGAGAGAAAAGCGACCGAGACAAGAGUGGACAGAGGAAAAAGCCAGACAUGUUCUCCAUGACACAGUCCCCUGCCCUCGCUCCAGAUGAGCGCUACCGCGGAGCCGGGGCCCAGAAGCGGGUCCUGGGAGCUGAUGAAGAUCGCAUGGGUGAUGGCUGCUCUCCACAGCUAACAACGGCCAACAUUCUCCGUUUCCUGUUGCUGGUCCUGAUUCCCUGUACCUGUGCCCUCAUUGUCCUGCUGGUGAUCCUGCUUUCCUUUGUUGGAACAUUACCAAAAGCCUAUUUUAAAUCAAAUGGGAGUGAACCUAUGGCCACUGAUGGUGAAGUUCAAGUGCCUGAUGUUCUUUCUGCAAAUACAGUUUAUCACGAGAGCACUGUGACAUCUCUUACACAUCCUUACCAACACAUUCCAGCCUGGACCACAGAUGCUUCUCAUCCAGGAGACCAAGGUCCCAGGAAAACAAGUGCCUGCAUGAACAUCACCCACAGCCAGUGUCAGAUGCUGCCCUACCACACCACGCCGACAACUCCCCUUUCAAUCGUCAAGAACAUGGAAAUGGAGACGUUCCUCAAAUUCUUCAUGUACCUGCACCGCCUCAGUUGCUAUCAACAUAUCAUGCUUUUUGGCUGUAGCCUUGCCUUCCCCGAGUGCGUUGGUGAUGGUGAUGACAGUCACGGACCCCUGCCCUGCUGGUCGUUCUGUGAGGCAGCGAAACAGGGCUGUGAGCCGGUGCUGGGGAUGGUGAACGCCUCCUGGCCCACCUUCCUCAACUGCUCCCAGUUUCCAAACCACAAUGAAAGCAGCACCGCCGGCAGGAGUUGCUUCUCACCGGAGGAGGAAAAAGGAAAGCAAUUGCUCUGUGGAGGGGGCGACAGCUUCCUCUGUGGCAGUGGCAUCUGCGUCCCGAGGAAACUGCAGUGUAACGGCUACAACGACUGUGACGACUGGAGCGACGAGGCCCACUGCAACUGCAGUGAGGGUCUGUUUCACUGCUACACGGGCAAGUGCGUUAACUACAGCCUCGUGUGUGACGGGUAUGACGACUGCGGGGACCUGAGUGAUGAACAGAACUGUGACUGCAGUCCCCAGAAGGAGCACCGCUGCGGCGACGGCCGCUGCAUCGCGGUGGCGUGGGUGUGCGACGGCGACCACGACUGCGUGGACAAGUCCGACGAGGUCAAUUGCUCCUGUCUCAGCCAGGGGCUGGUGGAGUGCAGAAGCGGCCAGUGCAUCCCCAGCGCUUUCCGCUGUGAUGGAGACGAGGACUGCAAAGACGGCAGCGACGAGGAGAACUGCAGCUACGGUCAGACUCCAUGUCGAGAAGGCGACCGAACAUGCCUCUACAAUCCCUGCCCUGAUUCAUGUGGUGGUAGCUCCCUUUGUGACCCCAACACCCGUCUGAGUAACUGUAGUCAAUGUGAACCAAUUACGUUGGAACUCUGCAUGAAUUUGCCCUACAACCACACCCAUUAUCCAAAUUAUCUUGGCCACAGGACUCAGAAAGAAGCAUCCAUCAGCUGGGAGUCCUCUCUCUUCCCUGCACUAGUUCAAACCAACUGUUACAAAUAUCUCAUGUUCUUUGCCUGCACCAUUUUGGUACCAAAGUGUGAUGUGAAUACAAGCCAACGUAUCCCCCCUUGCAGGGCGCUGUGUGAACACUCCAAAGGACGUUGCGAGUCUGUUCUCGGGAUCGUGGGCCUGCAGUGGCCUGAAGACACAGACUGCAGUCAGUUUCCAGUAGAAAAUGCAGACAAUCAAACCUGCCUAAUGCCAGAUGAAGAUGUGGAAGAGUGCUCACCCAGUCACUUCAAGUGUGGCUCCGGGCGGUGUGUUCUGGCUUCCAGAAGAUGUGACGGCGAGCCAGACUGUGACGAUGACACUGACGAAGCAAACUGUGGCUGCAAAGAGAGAGAUCUUUGGGAAUGUCCAUCCAAUAAGCAGUGUGUGAAGAACACAGUCAUCUGUGACGGGUUCCCAGACUGCCCGGACGGCAUGGACGAGAACAACUGCUCAUUUUGCCAAGAAGAUGAACUGAAGUGUGCAAACCACGAGUGUGUGUCGCGUGACCGGUGGUGUGACGGGAGAGCUGACUGCCUGGACAGUUCAGACGAGUGGGCAUGUGUGACCCUCUCUAAAAGGGUGAACUCCUCUUCAUUCCUGACUGUUCACAGAUCUGCCACAGAGCACCACGUGUGUGCGGAUGGCUGGCAGGAGGCCUUGAGUCAGCUGGCCUGCAAGCAGAUGGGUUUAGGAGAGCCAUCUGUGACUGAAUUAAUACAGGGACAGGAGCAAGACCGGCCGUGGCUGACGUUACACUCCGGCUGGGAGAGCCUCAAUGGGACCACCUUGCAUGAGCUGCUGGUGGAAGGGCAGUCGUGUCAGAGCAGAAGUAAGAUUUCUCUUCUGUGUGCUAAACAAGAUUGCGGGCGCCGCCCUGCUGCCCGGAUGAGCAAGAGGAUCCUGGGAGGUCGGACGAGUCGCCCGGGAAGGUGGCCCUGGCAGUGUUCCCUGCAGAGUGAGCCCAGCGGGCACAUCUGUGGCUGUGUCCUCAUUGCCAAGAAGUGGGUGCUGACGGUCGCCCACUGCUUCGAGGGGAGAGAGAAUGCUGCGGUUUGGAAGGUGGUGUUUGGCAUCAACAAUCUAGACCACCCAUCGACGUUCAUGCAGACGCGCCUCGUGAAGACCAUCAUCCUGCACCCUCGCUACAGCCGAGAGGUGGUGGACUAUGACAUCAGCAUAGUGGAGCUAAGCGAAGACAUCAGUGAGACCAGCUACGUCCGGCCGGUCUGCCUCCCCAGCGCGGAGCAGUUGUUAGAACCUGACACGUACUGCUACAUCACGGGCUGGGGGCACAUGGGCAACAAAAUGCCCUUCAAGCUGCAGGAGGGAGAAGUCCGCGUCAUUUCCCUGGAGCAGUGCCAGUCCUACUUCGACAUGAAGACCAUCACCGCGCGGAUGAUAUGCGCUGGCUACGAGUCCGGCACAGUCGACUCGUGCAUGGGUGACAGCGGUGGACCUCUUGUUUGUGAACAGCCUGGAGGACAGUGGACAUUGUUUGGUUUAACUUCAUGGGGCUCCGUCUGCUUUUCCAAAGUCCUGGGGCCAGGAGUUUAUAGCAAUGUGUCAUACUUCCUCGAAUGGAUUGAGAGACAAAUAUACAUUCACACCUUUCUCCUCAACUAACUCCAAAGGUGAUCAGAGACUUUGCCAGCGACAUUCAGAGGAAACGGCCGUGGCUGUGGGGAGCGUCCUGCGGACAGCUGUGCAGACAGCCCUCCCCACGAGCAGGGGCGGUUGCAGCCUACUGUGCGUUUUCAUGUUUGUUUAGGUUGAACGUCAUUCAGCUUUAUUUUCCAGCUUUAUGUUUCCCUUAGUUCAAGUUCAAUGAAAGUCUUUUUUAAAAAGGAAGAAAGCCGAUUUUGUUGUUUUGUCAGCCUAACCUUGACUCUAGUGCAGAAUGGUCACCUCUGGAGGGUCAGGCUGCUGCAGGCGCCGAGGGAACAAGCUACAGGGCUCCCUCUUACCAGUCACAGAAAGGAUGCUGGGAUCCAGGCUGACCAACCAUUGCCGGCUCGUUUCUCAAGUGCAGUUGCAUAGCAGCAGCUUUCAAUAUUAACAUUGGUGACUUGCUUUUGAUUUAUUAAAAGCCAAGGUAGCGCACAUGCUCAAGUUAUUUACUAUUACUCUUGUAAAGUUCACAAAAUGGUGAGCACUAUGAAAGACAGGCAGAGGUGAGACAGGCAGCGCCCCCUGCAGGUCGCUGCAAAAGCAAGACCCAUUGACCGCAAAGCCCUUUAGACAUGGGUGUUAGCACUGGCCUGCGAUCGCCCCUUCCGAAUGUAAGCCACGGUCGGUGUUUGGUAGAAGAGUCUCUGUAGAACUUUUUUUGGGGUAGCUUGGGUUUGUUUAGUGUAUGUCAGCUGGCCCGCUGAGAUUUCAACAGCAGGACAAUAUCCAUGGGAAGUAUUUUAUUUUGCCCACCUGUGUGACCAUGUAUUUGAGAUUACAGUUUGCCAAAGGAGAACUGGCUUUACACUGGAGAGAUGCAAUUAAAAAAAAUUAGAUUGCACCCUACUUAAUGAAGUGUUUUCCAGUUUGUCCAUACCAGUACAGAAAUAUAUCUCAAGGUACAGAAAAACUCGGCAUAACAUUUUGUAAUUUUCCUUGAGAGGUUUUUAAUGUCUGGUGUUGCCAUUUCUUCUACUGAUAAUUAAAGUUUUGAAGAUGCUUUUAAGCACUAGGCAACUUUAUCCACAUCUUUUCUGAAGGCCACUAAUUUCUUAAGUAAUCAGGGGUUAAAGUAUUUUCCACACAAAAAAGCUUUAAAACGCAAAUCAUCUCCCGCACUUGAUUUAAUUAGUUAGUCAGGUACCCAUUGCUGCAACACCCAAAGGCCUUUUGAAGAAGUGGGGCUCCCUACUCACCUCCACCAGCACCGACCGCCUCAGCAUCCCACAGAGACGGCCUGUGGUUUUGUGCACAUAGUUUUGUACUCUUUUCUACCUGUACACAUGUUUGAAAUUCAAAAAGUUGUCUCGACCCUUUCCAUGUUAUUUAUCUUUUGUUCUGCGGUUUUUAUUAACCUGAUUGAGAAUGUGAAAUCCAGUCAUUGAAUUUUGGUCACAACUGUAUGGAAGUUUAAGAACCUAUGUCAAUUUGUUAUAUUUGUAGGUGCAUACUUAAUGUAACAACUUUUAGUCUCGCUCAACUUGCGUUCAGUGAAAUGUACAUAUUGUACUUAUUUUAAAUAACCAUUAAUACAAACAAACUGGUGUAAUCUUUCUUUAUGUAUACGGAGCAUGAAUAAGUCCCAGAAAACCGUCUCCCAUUGUGAUGGCAGGCACCCAGACUCCCACCAAUCAUAAUUCCCUGUCUUAUCUCUGACUGUCACAGACACGUGCUGACUUUAGAUGACAGAUCAACCUUCAAUUAGAGGUUAGAGGUUGCUAAUACUCUCGAAUUGCCCGUUGAGUGUCCAACAAAAAUUUAAGGCCUGGUAAGAGUGUAAGGAGCUUUACUUUCUGGAAUAUAUUUUAGGAAACUGA